AAAAAAUAAAAAAUGGCAGUGUUUACUCUGAACUCCGACAACCAAUUCAUCACACCAUCACUCGACCUUCAAGGCCACGUCACGGUGAUGGAGUACUCCGUCGACCCGUACGCUUUCGACAGGAUCCGACCCGCCCCACUCCCCGGCCACUGCGCCCUCCGAGCCGUCGUCGGCCCUCGUCGUCCGUACAAGAAGCUACAAGUCGUCGCGGGCGUCACGUUCGAGAAUCAGAAACUCGCCGACCUAGCGAACGACUUGUCCUUCAAAGCAGCAGACGGCGGCACGAUCCUCCAUCGCCUGUCCGUCAACCGUUUCGGCAUGUGUUUCUUCACGGACGUCGACCACGCGGCGUUCGGGAAGCUGGCCAUGAACGAUUACUUUGGUUGGUCCAAAUACGGCGUCGUUGUUCCACGUGACGUCGUUGCCAGUGUCUCCAACGUACGGAAUAGGUACGAGCUGUACGGUGGAGCGGUGGUGAUCGACGUCAGGGGUGCGAUGAGGUGCGCUGAGGAAGGUGAGGAGUUGCGGCGGAGGUUGGAGGAGAGGAGGAAAGAGGUGGUGAGGAGGAACGAGGAGGUGGAGUCGCGGUGGCGGGAGUUUGUGGGAGAGAAGGAGAGGGAGGCGGAGGUGGUGAGAGAUCGAGUGGUUGCUUUUAAGGCCGCCGUCGGUGCCUUGGUCGGUGAUCAUCACGGCGGCGAGGAAUAAUGUGGUGGCCGGUUCUCUUCAUUUUCAAUGAUGUCGUCGUAUCUAUUGUUCGUACUUUGCUGUUCAUGGAUAUGUAUCAAAAGAUUAUGCUUAUAUGAUAGCAUGGAAAAUAAAUAAGUUGGAUGUCGAUUUGUAACUUGUGUGAUAUGAUUUGUCUGGGCU